AUGGCCUGCGCCCCCCCCGCCCGCGGGGGGCCCCUCCAGAGGGGCCCCUCGGGGCUGUACCCUCCCUUCGAACUGCCGCAGCUUGCUGCGCCCCUCAGCCAGCUGGGGGGCCCCCGCCCCUGGCUCUUCAUCAGCAGCAAAGGGCUGCCGAUUUGCUGCUACAGUUGGGACCUCCCAAACCCCACAGCAGUGGUGGUUUUGGUCCAUGGCUACGGGGCCCACUGCAUGUUCGAGUGGCUGCAGUCCGAGCCUCCUGCUGCUGCUGCUGCUGCUGCUGCUGCUGCUGCUGCUGCGGCGGCGGGGGACGCCGCCGGCGAGCCGGCCGGAGACGCUGCUGCUGCAGCGAAGGACGGCGGCGCCGAAGCAGCUGCCGCCGCAGCGGAGGACGCCAGCUCCGAAGCUGCUGCUGCUGCUGCUGCUGCUGCUGCUGCUGCUGCUGAGGAGGAGGAGGAGCCGCUGGCUUCCGGCGCGCUGACCCCUGCGUCGCAGCAGCAGCAGCAGCAGCAGCAGCAGCAGGGGCCCCACGAGGAGGUGAAGUCCUCUUGGAACUGCUGCAGGCCCACUGUGGGCCCCCCCUCCCGCGCAGCAAGUUUGCUGCUGGACGAAGACAAAGCAGCAGCAGCAGCAGCAGCAGCAGCAAGUAUCUCUCCGCAGCUUUCCCAGGCCCUUUCCGGCUUUUCCUUCAGCCGCGCUUCUUCGCUGCAGCAGGGGGCCCCCGAGGGGCCCCCGCGUUCGCAGGCCUCCACAGCGGGGGCCCCCGAGGGCCCCCCCGAGGGCGCCCCCGAGGGCCCCCCCGGGGGGCCCCCCGGGGGGCCCCCCGGGGGCCCCCUGCGGCUGGUGGGGGCCCCCCCCGGGUCCGUGGUGGUGCCUGCGGCAGCGAGCGAAGAGAUUUUGAAGCAAAGAGCGUUUCCGAGUUUCGAAGAUGAGGAGCGGGAGAGCGCGGGGUGCUUGCUGCUGCCGCGCAGCAGCAGCAGCAGCAGCAGCAGCAGCAGCAGCAGCAGCAGCAGCAGCAGCAGCAGCAGCAGCAGCGGGGGGGGGCCCCGGUUCGCGGGCUCGUGGGUGCAGCGGUUCCUGCUGCAGGGCUGGCGGGUCGUGGGCGUGGACCUGCAGAGCCACGGGGCCUCCCACGGCUGGGGGGCCCUCAGCUGCCAAGUGGAAGUCUUCGAAGACUUUGCUGCUGAUCUCCAAACUUUGCUGCUGUCCCUCGCCAACGAGGGGCCCCUCCCCAUCUUCUUGCUGGGCUCUGGACUCGGCGCUGCUGCUGCUCUUCGUGCUGCGCAGCUCCUCGCCAAACACGGCCUUCUCGGCCGCCCCGCGCCGCAGCAGCAGCAGCAGCAGCAGCAGCAGCAGCAGGGAGAGGCGCAGCAGCAGCAGCAGCAGGAGGCGCAGCAGGGCGAGGCGCAGCAGCAGCAGGAGGCGCAGCAGGAGGAGGCGCAGCAGGAGGAGGCGCAGCAGGAGGAGGCGCAGCAGAAGCAGCAGCAGCAGCAGCAGCAGCAGCAGCAGCAGCAGCAAGGCAAGGUGCAGCAAGGAAAGAAGCAGCCAGCGAAGAAGCAGCUAGGGGGGAAGAAGCAGCCGAAAGAGGCGGAAGAGGAUCAUGAGGAACAGCAGCAGCAGCAGCAGCAGCAGCAGCAGCAGCAGCAGCAGCAGCACGGGACGGCGGAUGCAACAACAGCCUCCACUGCGAGUUCCCAACGCGGCUCUAUGGACUCCAAGGGGGAGCCCGCAGCAGCAGCAGCAGCAGCAGCAGCAGCUGCUGCUGCUGCUGCUGCUGGCGGGGGCGUUGCCCGUUUGGAGAGCUGCCGGGUGCGGCCGGAGAGCGGGGCCAGCGCGGAGGAGGAAGCUGCUGCUGCUGCUCCUGCUGCUGCUGCUGCAGUGAGCGCUGCUGCUGCUGCUGCUGCUGCAAUGGGGGCGAGCCACCGAGUGGUGCAGCAAAAGCCAGUGCCGCUGGCGGGGCUGGUGCUGCUGUCGCCGCUGCUGGAGGCGCCGCAGCAGCAGCAGGGCUGCAGCAGCUUGCUGCAGCAGCUGCUGCAGCCGCUGCUGCAGACCCUGAAGACCUGGGCCCCCCACUGCCCGCUGCUGCCGCCCCCUGCUGGCAGCAGCAAACCAGAAGUUCAAAACUUGUUCAAUAAAGACAAAGGCACUUUCAAAGGCUGCUGCCGCAUCAACUUGGCUCUUGAGAUUUCCCAAGCAGCAGCAGCAGCAGAAGCUGAUGCCCACUGGCUCCGCAGGCCCAUUCUCAGAGACGCCCGCCAGCCCUUCAGCCUCAGCGACUGGGUCAAGCUGCUGCACGGCAGGCAGCAGCAGCAGCAGCAGCAGCAGCAGCAGGCGGGGGAGCAGCAGCAGCAGCAGCAGCAGGGGGAGCAGCAGGGGGAGAGCGCGCCUGCGGAGAAGGACGCAGCAGCGGCGGCGUCUGGAGAAGCAGCAGCAGCACCAGCAGCAGCAGCAGCAGCAGCAGCACCAGCAGCAGCAGCAGCAGCAGCAGCACCAGCAGCAGCAGCAGCAGCAGCAGCAGCAGCAGAAGGCAGCUACUUGUCCGUUUUGGCCAUUCAGUCCCUCGAUGAUAACAUUUUGCAGCCAAUGGGACUUGUGCGUUUUUUCGAAAAGUUGGGGGGCCGUGCGCGGCUGCCGCAGCCGUGGGCUUCGCUGCGGCGGGAGGAGCGGCAGCGGGAGCUGCAGCAGCAGCGCGCUGCUGCUGCUGCUGCUGCUGCUGCUGCUGCUGAGGACGGCGAGCAGCAGCAGCAGCAGCAGCAGCAGCAGGAAGACGAGUUCGAGAGGCCUGACGCAGCCUUCGAAGCGGAGUUCUUGUCUCGUGCUGCUUCGCAGCUGGAGCAGCAGGCGAGCGCGGAGCUGCAGGCCAGCGAAGCAGCAGCAAAAGAGGCAGCAGCAGCAGCAGCAGAAGGCAGCGAAGCAGCAGCAAACCAAAUCGCCUCAGCUCUCGCAGCAAUUAAAAGUGCAAAUCAAACUCUUGAAAGGGCCAGCACUUUAGACAGACUUGCUUCCAAAGCUUGCGAGAGGCUGGCAGCAGAGCGCAGCGCAGCAGGGCUCGCGGCUCAGUUUGCUGCGCUGCGCCCGCCAGCAGCAGCAGCAGCAGCAGCAGCAGCAGCAGCAGCAGCAGGAAUCCAAGAUUGCGAAGCUGCAGCAGCAGCAGCAGCAGCAGCAGCAGCAGCAGCGGCAGCUGCAGCAGUUCGCGGAGCAGCAGAACUGGGAAUUCAACAAUGGAUUAACACUUUUAAGGGGCAGCAAAGCGUCAGCAGCAAAGAAGAAGCCCGCAGAAGCAGCCUUAAGUCCAGGGCUUUCAGGAAUGGAACUGCAGCAGCAAAGCUGCAGAGCUCAGCAGCAGCUCCUGCAGUGGAGGCCAAAGCAAGGGAAAUGCAGCAGCAGCAGCAGCAGCAGCAGCAGCAGCAGCAGCAGAUCUUCCUGCUCGCAGCCAAACGGAAGACGGAGAGGCACAAUUCAUGUUUGCGUGAAAGUGGAAUUGAGUUGAGUGUUUGA